AUGGCACCAAAACGUCGAGAAAUACAGUCCGAUGUAACGACUCCCCCGGCCAGCAAAGUGAAGCAACAAGCAACAGCUUCGUCAACUGUACCCAAGCCAUCGCUAUCGACCUCUGCAAAUGCUCCCGCGAAAGAUAUAAUACUGAAUAUAUGGGAUAAUUACACCACAAACACCCCCCAGCGGACACUACUUUUAGAUAUCUUCAUGGCUUUUUUAGUUGUGGUUGGAGGAACUCAAUUCGUAUACUGUGUUUUAGCGGGCAACUAUCCUUUUAAUGCAUUCCUAAGCGGCUUCUCUGCUGCUGUGGGCCAGUUCGUCCUCACAGCGAGUUUAAGAAUGCAAACCAGCGAUGUAGGGAAGACUAAGACUGCCGGAAGUUCCGGCGUUUCUAGCGGGGCAGACACGCCGAUUCAAGACCGGGGAGAGGGUUCUAGUGAAAGGUCGGUGUUUACUUCAAUUGGCAGGAUGUGA